UUUUCAUGCCCCAAGUUCUUGGAUGAAAUUUGCAUGAUCUUUUGGACGCUGGCUGCAAAACGUUCUAGCAAAUUCUACGGAAUCGAUUGAACUCAUAGUAGUUAUAAAGGAAUACUUGACAUAUAAACGAAAAUACCAAUAAUGGCUGCAGUUGAUAUUUCCCCAAAGAAGGAUGGUGGAGUAUUGAAAGAGAUCAUCAAGGAUGGAAUUGGUGAGGAAACUCCAGCUGCAGGAUGCAAAGUCAAAGUACAUUAUACCGGGACUCUUAUGGAUGGCACAAAGUUCGACUCAAGCAAAGAUCGAAAUGAACCAUUUGAGUUUGACUUGGGUAAAAAAAGUGUUAUCAAGGCUUGGGACAUUGGUGUUGCUACCAUGAAGCGUGGAGAAGUUGCUAUUUUGACUUGUGCACCUGACUAUGCCUAUCGUGCUGCUGGUAGCCCUCCCACGAUCCCUCCAAAUGCCACAUUAAAGUUUGAGAUUGAAAUGAUUGACUGGAAAGGGGCAGAUUUAAGCCCAGAACAAGACAAUAGCAUUGAGAAAUUCCAAAUAGUCACUGGAUCUGGAUAUAUUACUCCAAAUGAAGGAGCUCUGGUUGAUGUACAUUUGGUUGGCUCUUAUGAUGGUAAAGUAUUUGAAGAAAAGGAUGUUCAGUUCAAUUUAGGUGAAGGAGAAGAUGUGGGUAUUAUUGAUGGAGUUGAAAUAGCCUUAAGAACUUUCAAAAUGGGUGAAAAAUCAAGACUGAAAAUAAAGAGUAAACAUGCGUACAAAAACAUUGGUGAGCCGAAGUUCGGAAUUCCGCCAAAUGCAGACCUAGAGUAUACUGUUGAGUUGAAGAACUUUGAGAAGGCUUCUGAAAGCUGGAUGAUACCUGGUCCAGACCAGAUAAAGCAGUUGACACUGUUUAAAGAAAAGGGAACUGCCUACUUUAAAGAAGGGAAACUUGGACUUGCCAUAAAAUUCUACAACAAGAUUAUUACUGCUUUUAAAGACUCUCCCAGCAGUGAUGAGGAAGAAGAGGAAACUGAGGCAAAAGAUCUCCGUUUGUCAGUAAACUUGAAUCUUGCUUUGUGCUAUCUAAAAUCGAACAAAAGUAUAGAAGCCAGAGAUGCCUGCACAGAAGCUUUAGCGAUUAAUCCAAAUAAUGAAAAGGCACUGUUUAGAAGAGGUCAAGCAAACAUUUUACUUGCUGCUCCUGAACUUGCACUGAAAGACUUUGAAGAAGUUCUGAAAAUCAAUCCAAAGAACACAGCUGCUGCCAAUCAAAUAAUAGCAUGUAAGAAACUGCACAAAGAACAACUAGCCAGGGAGAAGAAAAUUUAUGCAAAUAUGUUUGACAAGUUUGCUCUGCAGGACAAGCAGAAGGAAGAAGAGAAGCUGCGCGGGCAACCAGACGUGAUGCGUGGCGUUCUAGGAGAGUGGGGGCAAGAAGAAAGACCUGGUGGUAGGGACGCCACAGCGUUUGAGAAAGAAAAUCCAAAUAUUCUCAUGCUUAAUGCGAAUGGUACCGGUGAAUUUAAAAAUAUGUGAAAUGAUCUACUUGUCAAUGAAUCUUUUUUUACGACACCGCUGGUAUUGGUGCAAUAAAUUUUUAGAUCACAGUGAGACAAAAUUCACCUUAAUACCACACUCAGGCAAAUUUCAUAGCCAUUUGUGACAAAAAUGACGGUUCUGAAUUCCUGUAAGUUGAGUCUGACUAUUACGAACGGGUGUGAUGUGAAUGUUGUUGUUUUAAUGAACAAUGAACGUCUUUCACCUUCAUAAAGCAGAUGAAAAAUUAUUUUCACCAUGGCAGUGGUGAUCCUAAUUUCGAGCUAAAUUUUUAUUCUAAAUCUUAUGAUAGUCUCAGGUUAUACUGUGAUACUUUUAAUUCUUGAAAUGUUAUAAUAAAUUUUUAGUACCGUCUGUAUUAAAAUCUUGAAGAUCUAUAAAAUAAUUGAGCCCAAUAUUAUAUUUGUACAAGAAUUACAUUAGCUGUGAAUCACCACUGCAAUUAUGACGAUGAGUUAUUGUUACAAUGGUUUCAUCGAAAUAUUUAUUCUAUUGAAUUGUGCUGAAUCAAUAUAUUGACUGCCAUAAACAUUUCAUUAUCUUAUAUACAUGUAAAUUUAACGUUUAUGUAUAGAUUUUUAGUAACUAUCAGCUAAUUAUUAUAUUAUAUCACCUAGCCUGAAUGUGUUUAGCCUAUUUUUGUUAUUUAAAGGCUUAAACCUGACUUAAAUUCAUCACAGACUAUGAGAAUUAAAAUUCAAAUGAUUAUUUGUAAAUUUCGUACUGUAUUCCCUAUGUGUCGACUUUAAUAUUCAUUUACAAGAGACUCAAACAAAGGAUCAUCUUUAUCUGGUUGCCCACUGCUCAAUUUUACGUAUUCCAAUUCUAGAUGUAUCAUUCUUACGCUGAACAUAUGAAUUAAUUGCAUUUAGUGAAAAAUAAUUGAUUGGUUGAUUAUAUUUCUUUGGCACAUAUAUAAACACAAUUGCUGUACUUGUAAACAUUAUAAGUAUCAUUCACUUUCUUAAUAAUUCCAUAUUUUCAUUAUUGAUUGAUGUAUUUUUCAAUCAAAUUUUAAAUAAAGUCUAGCUAGAAA